UUCUCAAAAGUCGCGAAAUCAACAUAAAGGGUUCUUUUGUAAUAUAUUGAUUAAAAACAUUUUUAUUUUUUUUUAAGAAUGGUUCAUUUUGGAUUUCUUUGCUCUUAAAGAUAAUUUUAAUAAUAUUUUUUACUCUCGCGCAACACGCUGUUGAUGACAUCACGCGAUGUUUUAUGUGCUAUGGCGUACCAGGAAGGGGAGUCGCUUGAAUCUUGGCUCAACAAAGCCACCCACCCUACAAACAGACAGGAGGACUGGGAGUACAUCAUAGGCUUCUGUGAUCAGAUCAACAAGGAACUCGAAGGUCCUCAGAUAGCUGUAACACUGCUCGUCCACAAAAUCCACUCUCCACAAGAAUGGGAAGCUCUUCAGGCUCUGACGGUAUUGGAGGCGUGCAUGAAGAACUGCGGGAGAAGGUUUCAUAAUGAAGUCGGAAAGUACCGAUUUUUAAAUGAGCUGAUUAAAGUCGUGUCUCCAAAGUACAUGGGUGAAACUGCUCCUGAGAAGGUGAAGUUGAAGAUUGUGGAGAUGCUGUACAGCUGGACGGUGGCUUUUCCAAAUGAAGUAAAGAUCAGUGAAGCCUACCAGACUCUGAGGAGAGAGGGCCUCGUAACAACUGACCCGGAGAUACCUCUGGACAGGACGCUGGUUCCCUCUCCACCAACUCGACCAAAACAUCCUGUGUUUGACAAUGAAGACAUGGGCAAGCUUCUUGCUGAGCUUCUGCGAAGUAAAAACCCAGAGGACCUCCAGGAGGCCAACAGGCUCAUCAAAAACAUGGUGAAAGAGGAUGAGGCUCGAGUGCACAAAGUCACGAAGCGGAUGAACACUCUGGAGGAGGUGACCAUAAACGUCAAGCUGCUGACGGAGAUGCUGACGCACUACAAUAAAGACAGCUCCACAGACUCUGACAAGGAGAUCAUUAAGGAGCUGUACGAGCGCUGUGACAAGCUGAGACGUUCCGCUUUCAAAAUGGCCACCGAGUCAGAGGACAACGACACCAGUUUAGGUGACAUCCUGCAGGCCAGUGAUGACCUCUCUCGGGUCAUCAACUCCUACAAGAAGAUAGUGGAGGGGCUGCCCAUUAAUGGUGACAGUGAAGAGCCUCCUUCUUCAGCUGGUCAAAGUGAAAAUGUAGACACUACAGAUACGCUGAUCGACCUCGCUGGCCUGGACACCCCGAGUCCCCCCAGCCUGUUGCCCCUCCCUGCUACUAACUCCAUCCCCACCGAUCUCACAGCCUCUUCCAUACCUGUGCUGCCUCCUCCUCCCAAACACCUGCUCGGCUCUGGUGGUAGUCAGAGCAGCAGCCCGAGUCAUCCACCCCUCGACAAGGCCUCUACUUCACUCUCUCUGCUGGAUGAUGAGCUGCUGUCUUUGGGACUGAACGACCCCCCUACCUCUACGAGCAGGCAAUCAAAACCCACGUUAAGUGAACUGUCCAAUCAGUGGACUUCCAUGCAGGCUCCAGCUUCAAGUGUUGAUAUUUUUGGGAGUGUACCUUGCUCAGGUCCAGCAGUACCCCUUGCGGAACCAACUGCUGCCACAAACAGUCUGCAGAACCUGCAGGACCUGGCCAUGAUGGGCUUUCCAGAACACAAGAGCCAGAUGAUGGGAAGGGGAAGCAGCUUUGGAUCGCCUGCAGCAGUGCCCCCCCUCAUACCUGCGCAUGGCUCUCCCUCCUCAUCCUCUCUUUUCCACGGUGUAAUGCCCGGCUCUCCUGCUCUGUCCUACACAAAGGCACAGAGCCUGAGUUCAGCUCCGGGCAGCCCGCUGUUCCGCUCCCUGUCCCCUUGCCACCCUCCCCUCCAGGGCAGCCCGGCCAGAGCAGCAGACAUCUCCUUGAGCAAUGUCCACGUCCCUUUGGAGGCAAUUAGACCCAGUAAAGUGCUUCCUGUGACGGCCUACGAUAAGAACGGUGUUCGGAUGCUCCUGAACUUUGCCUCUGACUGCCCCCCCGGCAGGCCGGACAUUUUGGUAAUGGUGGUGUCCAUGCUCAAUACAGCCCCCCAGCCUGUUCACAGUGUGGUACUGCAAGCUGCUGUCCCCAAGUCAAUGAAGGUGAAGCUGCAGCCUCCUUCAGGAACAGAUCUGGCAGCAUUCAAUCCAAUUAUCCCUCCAGCCUCCAUCACUCAGAUCAUGUUACUGGCCAAUCCAACAAAGGAGAGGGUGCGCCUGCGCUACAAGCUGGCCUUCACACUCGGAGAUCGACUGUGCAACGAGGUGGGAGAGGUGGACCAGUUCCCCCCGCAGGAGAUUUGGGGUCACCUAUAGCAGUGUGUCAGUCUGCUACCACUCAGCAGGGACGGGGAGGUUCAUUCUCUAUGAAGAGGUGUGUUUGGUUUCAUACACCCCAGAGAGGAAGGAGGGGAAGGUGGUAGAAUUCAGCCGCACUCAACCCUUCUGCUUCACAUUCCUGAUAGUUGUUUCUUUGCUGUUCCUUUUCCCAGCAGUGAGGACCUUGUUUCAUUUAUACAGUGCUUGUAUACUACUCUGCUUAUAGCUAACACACUAACAACAUACACUGGAAACUAAGAUGGCCGUGAUGUUUACAGAUCUGUGCUGCUGAGAUAAACAUUCAAAUAGAUGGCUCCAAGAUUACAAUAGAUUUAAAUGCACUAUAGAGAUAUAGUUGAGCAUCUUCAGUGCAUUCAAGCAGCAUAACAGAGAUUUUGAAACUAACCUCAAACUUAAAGUCGUUGAAGAUAAAUAACCUUUAAUUUAACAGUCUUUUCAAAUAAAUUAACAUAUAAAUUGUUAGAGUUUAAGAGAGAAUGGUUGUGCUUUUAUUUAUUCUUCUUACCGAUCACAGAAAAACAUACUUGACUAGAUGGUUUUGUGCAUUUUAGGACUUACAGACUAUGCUGUAUUUUGUUGUCAAUAUCAGACACAUAACAUUUAUAGCAGCUCUGAGUUGUCAUGUUUUUUCGACACAGAAUGAAGUGAGACAAACAGUUUGAUGCACUGAAACAUGUCGCACAAUGUUUUGGCUCUUACCAGUAGUCGGUGCCACUGCAAACACUGAAUAUUGUCAUGUAGAUGUUGUCAGACAGGGAUUAUUAUUAAAAAUGAAAAGUUUGAGGAAUUUUGAAAGCCUAAUAGCAACUUCCUGUGUCAUGGCAAGGCAUCAACCCUUGAUGAACCACUGUAGGCACACUGUUUAAGCUUUGUACGUCCACCAAAGACAUUUUUCUCUUUGAGAUCUCUACUAGCUUUUCAACAAGUUUGAGAUGAAGCUGAUGAACUCAGGAAGAAGUUCAUCCAAGAAGGACCCCUGGAAAAGGCUUCAAAUCUACUGAUUUAGACAUCAGCUUUUGACAAGCUGAAACAGCCUCGUCCUUUGAGUUUUGAACAAGUAAAGUAACUUUUUUGUUCCUUAAGGUCAAUUCUAACUUUAAAUUUCCAAUUUACCUGAUUAACCACCUACAGAGAGAACAUCUUGGGUAAACCCCUGGAAAUGGCUUAUUUUACUAUUUUCAAAUAUAUCCAUCAAUUUGGGAAUGGUAUCCAGAAAAAGUCUUAGAAUGGAGCUCAUGUGUAAAUCAUUGUGUAUGAAAUAAUGUUCUAAAGUCAUCACUGCAGUAGGAUCUUUGAUUUUUUUCUAUUAUUUCUGAGACGUUUGGCAUGUUCUAGCCCCAUUUUGCACAAGUUGAACAACAAAGUUAAAUAGUGUUAUUUAAGGUGACCAACUGCACUUUACGUUUUACCAUUUAAUCCAACACGCCGUUACGACUUGAGCCAGAGUUCAACCGUUUGUUUUUUUUCCAUGUGAUUGUUUUUUUUUUAUGGCAGAUUUGCAGCAGUUGGUAUCCAUAUUUUCAUUCUGUAUUUUAAGUUGUCAUCUAUCGGUAUUUUAUUUAUUCUGUCAGUAUUUCAGUGCAUCACUGAACCUUGAAAAUCCAAACUGAGAAAUCUGAAUUUCAACCAGCUUGAAAGGGAAAGCAUAUGAGAAGGGUUUAACUUUGCAGUCUGCAGCUGUGAAGUGAAGUGAAACUGUGCUGUGAGGAAACUUUCAUAAACCAGUCCACCCUGUCCUCCAUUAAACCCCAUCUCUGGUCGUCAUUGACUCAUCGUGAUGUCGGAUGUACAGACUUGUGUUAGAUGUACAUAGUAUAAAAUGUAAUGUACUUAUUGUUUGUUGUUUGACAAGUUAUGUGAACUUGUGAUCUGUAGAUUUGGGAGGAGUGUACAUAUUGUAUGAUGUGCCAUGUGUUCGCUGCAUGAAAAAUAAACAUUGAUUUCAAAGGA